GCUCCAAAUCUCUUCUAGUGAGAGGAAGAACUUGUGAGGCUAAGAGCCGUGAGGAGGGACUAACCAUCCAAGAGAAGACCAGCUGACAAGCAUCCGCCAUAACAUCAUGAGUGCUCAAGAUGUAUCACAGGACCCACCCAUGGCCUAUCCUCAAACUGGCAUCAACAUUUUCCAGUCUGGGCAGACUGUGCUCCCUGGAUCUGUCCAUCAGCCAUAUAACACCAUGAAGAAAUUCCUCAAGGGAGAGCCAAAGAUCCUAGGGGCUGUCCAGAUCCUGAUUGCUGUGAUGAUCCUAGGAACUGGAGUCAUUUUGAUUUGUAUUAAUGAAACCCAAUUCUUCGGUUCUUUCCUUAUCCUUUACUCGGGCUACCCAAUAUGGGGAACGUUGUUUUUCCUCAUUUCAGGAUCCCUGUCAAUUGCAGCUGAGAGGAAAACCACGAAAUGCCUGGUGCAGAACUGCCUGGUAAUGAACAUUAUCAGUUCCAUAGCUGCAAUUGCUGGGCUCAUUAUCGUCUCUUUCUACAUAGCUAUAGAUCAGGAACCACGUUUUAUUUGUCACGCUUCACCGAAGCAAAUGACCACCUCCUGCAAGGUGCUCUCCAAUAUUUCAUCUGGGGUUGCAGCUCUAGUGUUGAUUCUCAGUUUUCUGGAAUUUUGUAUUGCUCUGACUCUCUCCAUCUUUGGAUGCAAUACGACUUGUUAUGCCUCUGAUGACAUUUUGAUUUUUCUGCCAUCAAAUCCCACCAUAUCAGAAACAGUUCAUCCGGCAAACCACAAUGAUGUUUAGAUGCCUCGUACUCCAAGUUUUGAAGAGUUUCCCGAUAAAAGAUUUUGUUAACAGCGCGUUCACAGUUAACAGAUUUUGUUAAGUAGGACUCGAGAAGCAGCGUGGCCUCCUGGUAAAAGCACAGACCUGGGAA